GAAGAAGACGGUCACGUGACGCCAGAUUUUCAACAGAGCAGCAGCGUGUGAAUUUGCUGCUUCCCUACCUGUCAGUCAUUCCGGUCAUUUACUUCUUGUUUAUAUUUGACUGAUGCUUGUAACGUUUAUUUCUGGACGAAAAUGACCACACAGGCUGUACGUCUUUUCCGUAGAAUGGAUGGUCUGUUUGCUGUGUACAAACCGCAAGGAGUUCACUGGAAACAUAUUCGUGACACCAUAGAGUCCAAUUUACUGAAAGAUCUGAACUCCUGUCCUCCACCAGCUCCUCAGCUUGCAGUGAAGUUCCAGCUUCUGUCCAGUGGAGAGAACAACGGCUCCAAAGAUCUCAUAUUGUCCCCCUCUAUGCUUCCCUCUCUGGCAGACCAUCCUCUAGUGACAGGGCCGCAGUUUCACAAGGUUCAUGUCGGAGUUGGUCAUCGCUUGGAUGCUUUUUCCUCUGGAGUGUUAGUUUUAGGUGUUGGGAAAGGAAAUGGAGUGCUGGAGGAUCUGUGCAGAUCACAUGUAACCAGGGACUACACGCUUGAGGGGGAGUUUGGAAGAGCCACCGAUGAUUUCUCUCACACAACCCGAGUCAUAGAGAAAACCACAUACGACCAUGUUACCCAGGAUAAGCUAGAGAGAGUCCUUGCCAUGAUACAGGGAGCCAAUCAGAAAGCUUUAAUCACGUAUUCUCAGAUGGACCUGCGCACUCAAGAGGCUUACGAGCUUGCAGUGAAGGGUUUGUUGUUUCCUCAUGGUAAAAGUCCACCUAUUCUGACUGGUCUGCGAUGCAUACAUUUCAAUCCGCCACAUUUCACAUUGGAGGUCCAGUGUGUGAAUGAGACUCAGAAGUAUCUGCGUAAAUUGAUUCAUGAGGUAGGACUAGAGCUGCGGACUUCUGCUGUCUGUUCUGGAGUGCGUCGUACACGAGACGGUCCCUUCAAAGCAGAGAAUGCUCUCACCCGACAACACUGGACUGCUGACUGCAUUAUACAAGCUAUUGCUCACUUUCGCAAGACUACCCGCAAAAUCAGGAAAUCUGGAAUGUACAGGCAGACUGCUGGCCAGUUGAACUCGAGCGCAAAGAACCAAGAGCAAAUCAGAAGUCAAAUUGGACAGUCUGAUCAAAUAAGUCAAGAGCAUGUUGAACUCACAAGCCCUACUUCUGAUAGGAUUGUGGACAGAGUGACACCUGGGACUGGGUGAGGGGAAAAAAAACAUUAAGUUAAUUAAAAUGAUUUGAUUUCUGAGUUUA